GGACAGAUUGUCAACUUUUAGUGUCGGCCAUGGGCAGUUGAAUUGGCGCUGCGGUCGCAUCGGUCUUUCUAGUUUGAGAACGUGUGAAAACCACCCGAGAUGGGACGUGUAAUUCGUGCUCAGCGUAAAGGAGCUGGCUCCGUGUUCCGCGCACACACCGCAAAGCGCAAGGGAGCUGCCAAAUUCCGGCAGCUGGACUUCUCUGAGAGGCAUGGAUACCUCAAGGGUGUCGUGAAGGACAUCAUCCACGAUCCCGGCCGUGGCGCUCCGCUCGCCAUUGUGCACUUCCGCGAUCCCUAUCGCUACAAGGUGCGCAAGGAGCUCUUCAUCGCCGCCGAGGGCAUGUACACCGGCCAGUUCGUGUACUGUGGCCGCAAGGCCAACCUGCAGAUCGGCAACGUGAUGCCCGUGGGCCAGAUGCCCGAGGGUACGAUCGUGUGCAAUCUGGAGGAGAAGACGGGCGAUCGUGGCCGCCUGGCGCGCACGUCCGGCAACUACGCCACCGUGAUUGCCCACAAUCCGGACACGAAGAAGACGCGUGUGAAGCUGCCCAGCGGCACCAAGAAGGUGCUGUCCUCCUCCAACCGCGCCAUGGUGGGCGUGGUGGCGGGCGGCGGUAGGAUCGACAAGCCCAUCCUGAAGGCCGGCCGUGCGUACCACAAGUACAAGGUGAAGAGGAACUCGUGGCCGAAGGUGCGCGGUGUGGCCAUGAACCCUGUGGAGCAUCCUCACGGUGGUGGUAACCAUCAGCACAUCGGCAAGGCGUCCACGGUGAAGAGAGGCACGUCGGCCGGUCGCAAGGUCGGUCUGAUCGCCGCCAGGCGCACUGGAAGAAUCCGCGGAGGAAAGGGAGACGAGAAGAAGGACACCACGAAGUAGAAAAAUGUUGCUCUUCUCAUCCAAUAAACAAUUCCUGCGUAACAUCUCUGAAUAUGAGAAAAAUUGGUGUAUCAAUUACAAUUACACAUGAACCUUUA